GGUACUGAAAAAGGAAGAAAAUAUUGCUACACAUUUUUAUCUUUCUUUAUAAUGUUUUUGAGAUUUGAAUCAGUGUUCCUUUAGGUUUAGUAAGUUAUUUACGCAUUUAACAAAUUACCUUCAUGUCUUCCAGAAUUAACGGGUCUAAAGUAUUUUCAUCUAUGUAGCAGAAGUGACAACAAUGGAUGUUGUAAGUGUCGGAAAUAUCUGCAGCAAUCCACACAAGCUGUACCAGCCAUGCAAGUUGUGGAUUCAGAACCAGUGUCCCAGACUCCCAGUUGCAUGUGUUUAUAUCCAUAGUUACUUUUGCCCAGAUAAAGAGUCCUGUAAGAGAGAAUUUUGCACACUUUUGCACCAUGACUUGGAAAAUGCACAGUCAGGUUGCAGCAAAAAGAAUGAUGGUCAUGAAGCAUCUUCCAAGAGCUGCAGUGCUAAAGAAGCUAAGAAAAAGGGUGUUAAAAAGUCCAGUCCUCCUGAGUUGACUAUUAUUGAGGAUAAUGACGAUAUGCAUAUAAGCAGUCCUUCACCUACAUUUGAUGAUGAAUUAUGUCAGGAACUUGAAGAAAUAGGAGAGGAACUAGACAGAUUCACAGAAGAAACUGUUGGCAAUUCAGAUUUCACCAAGAACAAGGAAUUUCAAAUUUUAUGUAGCAGAGAUAGCAUGGAAUCCAAUGAGAAUGCAGAUCUCAAAAGAAAAUCACCCUCUUCAUUUGAUAUUCUUAGUUGUCUGGCCAGCAGAGAAGAAAAUGUUUUCAAUCCUCAAAAGUGGCUGGAUGAUUUCUGUUUUAAGUCUUCGGAGAAACCAGUAGACAGAGAGAGUUACAACAUAGAGACCGUGAGCAGAAUUAGAUCUGAUAUUGGUGAAAAAGAAUUUGAAGAUGAUUCUGCAAAGACCAAAUUGUUGCUUAAGCAGAAGUCACAGUUAAUGAAAAAUGCCAAAUUCUUAAUUGAUCAAAAAAAGUUAUUAACCACUGAAAGAGAUAAUGUUUUAAAACGUGUCAAGGGAGGUUCAGGAAAUCAGUCAAAAAUCUCGAGAGUCUUGGAUGAAAAUGCUCGUCUAACAAAGGAGUUAUCUGCUCAUUUGCAAAGUAUCACCGCAAAUAUUCAGAAAAUAAAUGAAAAAAUUGGCCAUUUAGCAAAAAAAAAUGCUAGAAAAGUUGACUCUGUCCCAAUGAAUGUAUCAAAGGAAAAGGAAGUGUUAUUAUCUAGUCGUAGGUCAGAAGCUAAACAGAACAUAAAGACCAAGGAGAUAUUUGACAAGAUAACAAAUAAUUUGCAAGACCAAAAUUUUUGCCCAAGUAGAAAACAAGCUUUGAGUAAAACAGAAGAAGUAAAUGUUAAAUCGCCAAAUUCAGAACAUAAGAUCUUGGAAAACACACCCCAACACACUGACCGGAAUCAUGAUGUGUCUAAACAAGGAACCUGCAACAGCAAUGUAAAUCAGAUCAAAGGAGAAACGGCCAAAGAAAAACAGGAUGUGAUUAAUGAAGAAAAAAGCAGUACCAGUCAAAGUUAUGGAUCAGAAGGAAAACAGAAUGUGAGCAACGAAGAAAACACUACAAACAGUAACAAGUUCUCCGAUGAUGAGAGAAAACUUGUGUCUUAUGUAAGCAGCGUCAACACAGAAACAAAAAUAUUCCAUAAUAUUGUAUUAGCUAAAGACAAAUUAUCCCCUAAUGCAAAGGGAAUGGAAGUAAAGGUGAAUAGAUCUUCAAAGGAUAAAAAUACAUACUGGUGCAAAAAGUGUAAUGCAUUCUAUACUUCAGUCUUUGGUUAUGUAGAACAUUUGGAAUCGAUAUCACACUUCGAAAAUGUAAAGAAUGGCAGUCAAACUCAAGGCAGAAUUACCGGGAACGAAUGUAAAGAAAAUGACGGAGUUAGUGAUGCAUCACCAGAAGGAGUGGAAUUUCUUCAUUCGACAACAGUCUUCUUUUGUGAACUCUGUAGUCAGGUUAUGUUUGACAAAGAUGAGGCAAUCCUCCAUCCACAGAAGUCACAACACUUGAUUAAAUACAAAGAGCACAUUCAGGUAAAUGUCACACAGGAAAUCCAGUUCAUGAAGGAAAAGAUGUCGGCACUUACAGAAUACUGCAAAAAGAGACAAGUGAAGGUAGUCGAGAAUGCCUCUGCUGUCAUCACAGACUGCCCCACAGAGCCUUCCAAGUCAUGUAAAGGCUCCCCUGAUAAGGAGACCAGUAAUUUGGACAGCAGUAGUAGCACCAAACGCAAGAUGACGAACGAACAGAGUGAACGUAAUAAAAAGAAUCGAGUGGGAAGAUAGUCUAGUCUUUUAUGAAAGGAUCUGAUUGAUUGGAUUUUAUUUUAUUUUUCUCCAGUUUCUCUUUUCUUGUGUGAUAUGUGAACUUUCAGCAUGGAAUCUCUGUUUAUUCUAUCUAAUUCAGUUAGAAGAUAAGGUCUGUUCAUUCCUUUGUAUAUAUCUUAGGUAAAAUAUCUUUUGUGUACAAUAUUUUUAUAUACAGAGAGAAUCACUUUAUGUUGUUUUUUUACUGUGUACAGGUAUAUGAAGUCUGUGAUAUAUUCAUCUUUAUGGAAUUUGUAUAUACAAAAUUACUCGAAGCUAGACUAAAGUAAAUACUCUGUCCAUAGUUGAAAAAAAAAAAAGCAUUGUCCUGGAUUUUUAAAUAUACAUUCAGAUUUUUACACCUCAACAUGUAACCAGAAAUAACUCCUAAUUAUGUGUUUAACAUAAUAAUUAGGAUAGCAUUGUUGUACAGUCACAUAGUGUGUCCAACAUAAUAUAACUUUGCAUUUACAAGUGACUGAUUAUUGAAUAUAAGAGCCUUUAUGGUGUGAAUUAUUUGAAGUAAUUUCUGGUAUUUUUAUACAUUUUAAUUUUUUUUUUAAUAUCUAUAUUUUUCACAUUUGAUAAUAAAAUAUUUGAGG